CAUUUCAGCCCCAGGGUUGGGUCACAUGGAGUCAGCAGUGAACAUCUCAAGCUGACAAGGACCCACGAUUCAAAGGAGAGAAUGCUGUCUCAAUUUAAUUGGUUCCAGUAAUUAGAGUUUGUGUUCAGAGCACUUCAUGACCAAGGAAGUUGGAUCUUAGAAGAUGUCUGGAAAUAUUGAAUCAGUAUCCUCCAGUUGGCUAGAUGCAAUCAAGGACCUAUUCCUAGGCAUCUCCAGCGAUGAUUAUAUCUAUGCAACUGCCUUGAUCUUCUGUGUUGCUUUUGGCUUCAUGUACAAGAAGAUCAAGGAGAGGUCAAAGAAAGAGAUCAUUGGAUCAGUAGUUGGGAUCAUGCUGGUUAUGGCCACAUGUAGACUACAAGCAAUCAUUCCAUUUGGCUUUGUAAUUGGAAAUAUAUGUCUCCAGAAAUACUUCCAUUCCACGAUUGUGACCAUAUAUGGCUUUGGGCUUGCUUAUUCUCCUUUCACUAACAUCAUACUGAUGUUCCUCUGCCUAAGGAUGGUGUCUCUGGCAUUUGAAAUCCAUGACAAUAUUACUUUAAAAACUGGCCAGAUUCUUCAUUGUAGCUCAGCUCUCAAAGUAGAGGUGAAGUCAGAGGAAAGUGUAGGUGAGGAUUCAGAACAUAGUCGAGCACCUUUGCAAGCACCACUAGCUGACACAUCAGAGAAUAAUAAAAAUUCAUCAAGGUAUGCAGACCUUACAAAGGAUGACAAGGGAAGAGCAACUAUUCGUAAAAAAGUUGAUGGAGUCAGGGAAAUUCCUCCCAUGGAAGAAAGAAGUCAGACCAAAGAGAAGUCCAAGCACUCCAAACCACCAUUGGAACAUAUUCCAAAUUCUCUGGAAAUAUGGCACUAUGCAUUCAAUUACAUUGGGAUCCUCACAGGGCCCUUUGUGAGGUAUAAUACUUACUGUGACAUGCUGAACCUCCCAUUUUCACAAGAGGCAAAAGUGAGGGGCCCCCUUUUCAAGUGUUUGUCUUCCUUACCCCUCACAGUCCUCUUGUACAUUCUUUUUUCAAGGUGGUAUCCUCUUGAGGUGAUGGUGACUUCUGAUUUCUACAACAGUACUUCAUUCUGGCACCGUUUAGGAUACUGCAUCUUCAUUUUCAUCAAGUUUCGCAUGAGGUUCUAUGCAGCAUUUGCUUUAUCAGAGAGUGUAUGCAUUACAGCUGGCCUUGGAGCAUACCCAGUGGAAUUGAACCCAAAACCUGGGAAGGGGAUUUCUGACCGCACUGAAGCAUAUAGAUUAGCAAGUAUGGGGAAGCCACUUUUCUACAACUUUGAGACUGUGAGGAAUGUUGACUUGGCUGCCACGGAAUUUGGUUCAGUCAAGGAGGCUAUGAGGGCCUGGAAUUUAUCAGUGCAAUACUGGCUUGCUUCCUGCGUAUACAGCAGAUUCAAGGGUCCACGCAGCAUCAGGCAAGUUCCAUAUGAUAUUAUGAGGGUGGCAUUUAUUGAUGAAAAGCAGAGCUAGAAAGUAAGUUGUGAAAAGACUUGUACAGGG